AUGACAAGCCUUUACGAGUAUAGACAUCCGAUCAUUAACAAAUCCUUAGCAUCUUCAGCGGAUGAAAAUGCAGGUAGACGAUUUCCAACGUUAGAAUCAUGGUAUCAAGUGGUUAACGAUUACGAGUUUCAAGCAAGAUGUCCAAUUAUUUUAAAAAACUCACAUAGAAAUAAGCACUUUACAUUUGCAUGUCAUCUCAAGGAUUGUCCCUUUAAAGUUCUUCUAAGUUAUUGUGGUGGCCAAAGGUCUAUUGAAGAGGAAGAUGAGGACAGGUCUAAUGGUCUUGUUCCCCUAGAUAAAAAAGAUGGUGGUGAAAAAUUAAAGAAUGGUAAUGGUACUGGUGCCGGUGCCGGUGGUUCUGCUACAAAUCCAGGCGGUGAAGAUGCAGAAGAUGACGAUGUGAGUGCUGCAAUUGCUGCUGCAGUGGCAGCUGUACAAGAUUCAAGACAUACGAAGGAUGAGUAUGAAGAGAAUAGUGGUGUUAGGGGACCGUUCGUGGUUACGAAAAUUGAACCAUACCAUAAUCAUCCAUUGGAAUCGAAUCUAACACUACAAGAAUUUGUUUUAACGAAGGUUCCACGUAUUCUACAACAUGAUUUAAAUUUUGACCAAAUUUUGGAAAGUCUUUGUAAUGAAGAUGAUAAUACAGUUUCUAAAUUCAGAGUCUCGCAGUACGUGGAAGAAAGCGGUUUACUAGAUAUUUUAAAGGAAAGAUAUGGGUUAACCGAUGCUGAAAUUGAUAAGAAAUUGUUAUCACAAAUUUCUAGGAGAGUCACAACUUAUAAAGCUAGAUUCGUAUUAAAGAAAAAGAAAAACGGAGAAUACGGUACAGAUGCAAAUAAUUUCCAGUACCGUCAACCUAGAGUGAGAAGAGAGCCAGAAAUUUUAGAUGCGGAUGCUCAAGAAGCUCAAGCGGCGGCACAGGCGGCCAUCGGUGAAGCAGUAGCAUUAAAGAGGCACAUAGAUGAAGAAGAAGAGACGCCGAGAAAAAGACAAAUGGUUAAACUAGAUGAAGUAAUGCCACUGGAGGAUACUCAGGAUGAUAAAUUACCAAGAGAUGUUGCUGAGCAAUUGAGAUUGUUGAGUAGCCAUUUCAAAGAUGUGGAAGCUCAAACUGCUGAAGAGAAGAAGGAAGAUAUUUCCGAUGAAAACAUUCAACCAGAAUUGAGAGGGCAAUAG